CAGCAAAAUGUCUCUAGAAGGAAAGGGAAAGCAAGAAAAGCAAAGUGCUAUGAAGUUAACUUCCGCAUCUUUUGUUCCAAAAAUUUUAAGAAAAAAACAGCAGAUAUUUACCGACCAAAUUCAACUUUCUCAAACAAGCUCAUGUGAGGGACAGAACGUUCAAGCAGGUUUAAGAGUGUUGCCACCAGGAAUGCAGGAGAAAACUCUACAGAAAAAUAACAAUACAAUGCCUUACCCAAGUUUGUUGGGUGGAAAUUUCCCAUUAGAUAUUAAUAAUGUAAUUCCUUUUGCUGGAGGGCCAAUGAAGCCUCCUCCGCUAUUAUUUUCUCAUCCAGAUAAUGUCUCAAUUCUGCCAUUGUUUAAUUCAACAAGCUCUGCAGACUCUAAGACCAAGAAGGCACAUCUGAGAUACUCUGCUAAGUUCAUUCUGUCUAUGAGAGAUCAAUGAAAGGAAAGACCAGGCGAUAUGAAAGACCUUGACUUUGCUAAGAAAACUGAAAACUGAGAAAUGCAAUGGCACAGGAAGAAAACUCGGUAUAUUACCAAGCCCAGACAACCUCAUGCACGAUAGAGACCUACUAGAUGGGUAAUACAGAGCAAGCUUUGAUUAAUAUUUCCUAUAUUUUCA